AAUUGUUGAUUCCAUAUGGUUAAAAUGAAAGUAAAUGUCACUUGAAUACAAGCCUCUUCGAGCUGAAAAUGAACUGUCUUUGAACUUUAUCAGCUGGUAACUAAUAUCUACAUGUGUAGUUAUGGCUUUUGCUGUUUUAAAGAAUGAUCAUCAAAGACCAAGCUGGCCAAUUGUACCUAAGAUCCAUCGCAUGUGCUGGUCACAUCACCUAGCACUGAGCUGGGUCCAUCAAACCUAAAAUUAGCCUGAGUAAGGCAGCGUCAGUGUUAAUCCCUUAAUUUUUAUCUUUUUACUCUCCAAUUAGAUGGUACCAUCAAACUUUUAAGCGCAUUUUCCUGAGUUUGUGCUGCUUCCAUAAUCUUCUCUUACCAUGACAGUGGUACUGUCGUGUUGCUGCUCUCUCGGCUUUAUAAAAGAUCCACUAGUCAUAAAAAGACAACAGCAAAAACAUAUUGGUUUGCAAUUACUAGUUAAAACCAUAAAGCAAAUGAUACUCAAAUAAAGGGUGAUCGAACUUUUUAGGCCAUUUGAUCUCAAUAUCUCCUCUAAGGAUAGUGGAUCAAGAAUAGUUGCCUAGUGUUGGUCAGUAUGUGAACUUACCUACCGAAACGGGCUAAUAUAACAUAAAUUCUUCUAAAUUAAUUUGAAGCAGUCAAAUAAUCAGGGGCUCCCCUUGUAUAAAUAUGUACUAGGCAAUGGUGUUUAGACCAAUCAAGGUGUAGCCAACUAAGAAACAAAGACAGUGAGAGGUUAAAGCAGCUCUUCUUUCUUUGUAGAAUCAAAAACCCACCAGCCUGACUAGCUCUAUUUUCUCUCAUUCUUGUGAAUUUUUUCAUUCAACAUGGCAAAGGAAGCCUCUAGCAAAUUGGAAUGGAGGAUAAAUGUACUUGAUGGGACAUCGAAGAUGUUAGACCCUGAAUCUGGGGUAGUACGCAAAAUAUGGCUAGGACUGAAAGGUUUUAUGGGAGGACUCAUUUUGAAAGUUUGGGGUGUUUUGGAGAAGGUAUGGAAGUUAGGAGUUGCCGACCCUAGAAAGGUCAUCCAUUGUAUCAAAGUAGGGAUGGCACUUUCCAUCGUGUCACUUUUUUACUACAUGAGGCCUUUGUAUGAUGAUUUUAAAGAGAAUGCUUUGUGGGCAGUGAUGACCGUUGUGGUUGUUUUCGAAUACACUGUGGGAGCCACAUUGUCUAGAUGCAUUAACAGAGUAACAGGAACUUUUCUUGCGGGAGCACUCGGUGUUGGUAUUCACUGGGUGGCUGAUCAGUCAGGAGACAAAUUGAAACCCAUAAUUCUUGGGAUCUCAGUUUUUCUCUUUGCUUCAGGAGCAACCUUCUCAAGGUUUAUCCCAUCGGUUAAAGCCCGUUUCGAUUAUGGCGCUAUGAUCUUCAUCCUCACCUUCAGCUUGAUAUCAGUUUCUGGGUACCGAGUGGUAGACUUAUUUAAGUUUGCUCAACAGAGGUUAUCCAUAGUUGGCAUUGGAAUUUCCUUGUGCAUCCUUAUAACCAUGCUGUUCUGUCCCAUCUGGGCGGGUAGCGAGCUUCACCGUCUGAUUCAUCAAAACAUGGAAAAGCUUGCUGAUUCCUUGGAUGGGUGUGUAACUGAGUACUUCGAAGGGGAAAUUAGUGGGGAGGGUCUCAACAAGAAGAUGCAAGGGUAUAAAUGUGUGCUUAAUUCCAAAGCAACAGAAGAAUCUAUGGCUAAUUUUGCAAGAUGGGAACCAACACAUGGCCGGUUCAACUUUGGACAUCCAUGGAAACAAUACCUCAAAAUUGGGGAUUCAUUGCGCACCUGCGCUUAUUGCAUUAAGACUCUGAAUAGUCGUAUCGACUCAGAAAUUCAGGCACCUCCAUGCAUAAGUAGACAUCUUAGUGAUAAGUGCUUGAAAGUAAGCUUCAAUUCUUCUAAUGUACUGAAGGAAUUGGCAUUAAUAAUCAUGAAAAUGAAAAGGUCUUCCAAGAUAGAUUUCAGAGUUGCAGAGAUGCACUUUGCAGUACAAGAACUUCAGGAUGCCAUGAAAUCUUUGCCUAGCCACCUUAUUACAUCCUCAUCAUCAAUAGGAGAAGAAUCAACCGAAGCCAAAGUACCUCCUAUCAUGGAGUUUCUUCCCCUGGUCACGGUAGUUUCUUUGUUGGCAGAAAUUGCAUCAAGAGUAGGAGUAGUUGUUGAUGCAGUGGAAGAGCUGGCGAGACUUGCAGAAUUCAAGCCUGCAAAGGAUCGGAAAUCCAAGCAACACCAACCUACUAAUUAACUUAUUUCAGAUAAUCUAAAUCAUCAAACCAUAUGA